GGGUAGUUAGGCUGAUGCUCAUGUUCGAAUUAUAAUGAAAUGCAGAAAAUAACCAAAUGAAACAAAACCUGUGGAGUGCUGCACUUUAGUGAUAGCCAACUAGUAAAAUAACUCCUAGCUGUGAAUAAUAGGAAUAGCUUCAAUUUUGAAAAUGGUGGGAGACCUCUACAGUGGAAUCAUGUCUCUAUCAGAUCCAAGGACAUCAGAAUGGUUUCUUAUGGACAGUCCAAUCCCAUCUUAUACAGCAACUGCACUGUAUUUGUACUUGGUGUGGAAGGGACCAGUAUGGAUGAAAAGCAGACCAGCAUACAAACUAAACAAAGUGUUGGUUGUGUAUAAUUUAGGCCUUGUGUUCCUAUCUGUAUACAUGUUUUGGGAGAUAUUUGCAAGUACUGUACUGAAUGCCAGCUUUAGCUUGGUAUGUCAACCAGUGGAUACCAAAGAUGAUCCCAUGGCAAUUAGAUUGGCUAAUGUAUGCUGGUGGUAUUUCUUUUCCAAGAUAAUUGAGUUUAUGGACACAUUUUUCUUCAUCCUGCGAAAAAAGAACAAUCAGAUAACAUUCCUCCAUGUGUACCAUCACUCUACUAUGGUGUUACUAUGGUGGAUUGGAGUCAAGUUUGUACCAGGAGGUGAAUCCUAUUUUUCUGCCUUGGUUAACAGCUUGAUCCAUAUUCUGAUGUACACUUACUAUGGACUGUCUGCCAUUGGUCCACAUAUGCAAAAAUACUUAUGGUGGAAGAAGUAUAUGACAUCUCUGCAGUUGCUGCAAUUUGUAAUUAUUCUGUUCCAUACCAGCUUCGCUAUGUACAAGGACUGUGGUUUCCCAAAUGGAUACAAUGCAGCUCUCAUCCUCUACAUGGUCUCCCACAUAGUUCUCUUUGGCAAUUUCUACCAUCAAACGUACAACAAGAGAAAGGAAAUUGCCAAGCCAUAUGAAAAAAUUACUAAAAACGGCAGUCUUAGAACGCAAAAAAUAUAUCAUGGAGAGUAGUUGGAGAGUGCUUUUUUAAAAGG